AUUUAUACACGUAUAAAUAUGUUUAAGCUAUUGACUUUCCUAUUAUUAGUUCUUACCAUCUAUACUAAUGAUCUUAACACCUAAAAUCUUGAAACUGAAUCAUAACAAUCCUAAUAGUAAUAAGAAAUAGAAACUGAAGGCUAGAAGUAAAUCUAAUUAUUAUAUCAUUAGAGUUAUUGCUAAACUCACUGCUUGUUGGGUUUUAUCAGUCUAAGAAUUGUCUGAAGAAUAAAAAUAAAUUAAUGAGAUUAUUAAAACUUAAUCAACUUUGAAUAGAGAAACUAUCUUUUAUAAGAUUUAAACAACUUUGUUAGAAGAAUGUUAUUCAAGAGCACCUGAUGAAGAAUUGAAUAAUGUUAUGAAAUCUAUUUAGGAAGACAAAAAGAAUUACAAAACAUUCAAAUAACAAAUACCAGAUUUUAGUUUUGAUUUAUUUUAUACCAAUACUUUUGAUUGGACUUUUACCAAAAAUGAUGAAACUUUAAUGAAAUAUAUUAGAGUAAAUCUAUUUAAUAUAUAAUAAUAGAGAUUUGAAGAAUGGGUUACUAAAAAAACACCAACUACUAGUACAGUCUAAUAACCUAAUUAAUAAUAAAGUGUUUUUGCUGAAUUAAAAAAGAAGAUAUAAGAUAUGAGUAAAAAAAGCUAAGCUAAAGAUACCGAAUCUGAUAAUAAGGAAUAAUUAGAAAGAUAUUAAUUUUAUUUGUCAAAAUAAUAAGGUAUGAAGGAUCCAAUCAAUUAUAUAUUUGCAGGAAUUGCAGUAUUUAGUUUCGGUUUAGUUUUUUAUUUAGGUAUUAAUUAAUAUCAUAUUUAAGUUUAUUCCAGAGUUAAAAAUGCUGAUGUAGAUCCAAGAUAAGAUAAAAAGAAUAAGAAAUAAAAAUCUAAAAAAGAUUGAUGAGAUAAUCAAAUAUUUAUUAAUAAUUUAUUU